UUGUUUCAGAGCUCUAUGCCAGCAAUUAUGACAAUGUUAGCAGACCAUGCAGCACAGCAGCUGCUGGACUUCAACCAGAAACUGGAUAUCAACCUGCUGGAUAAUGUGGUGAACUGUGUAUAUCAUGGAGUGGGGCCGCAGCAAAGAAUGGCACAAGAAGUGUUGACACACCUCAAAGAACACCCAGAUGCCUGGACAAGAGUGGACACAAUCCUUGAGUUCUCACAGAAUAUGAACACCAAAUACUACGCACUUCAGAUCCUGGAAACAGUUAUCAAAACAAGAUGGAAAAUUCUCCCAAGGAAUCAAUGUGAAGGAAUAAAAAAGUAUGUUGUUGGUCUCAUUAUUAAGACGUCAUCUGAUGCUGCAAAUGUCGAGAAAGAAAAGGUGUACAUUGGAAAGCUGAACAUGAUUCUUGUUCAGAUCUUGAAGCAGGAGUGGCCUAAGCACUGGCCCACAUUCAUCAGUGACAUUGUAGGAGCAAGUCGAACCAGCGAGAGUCUAUGUCAGAACAACAUGGUCAUUCUCAAACUGCUCAGCGAGGAAGUCUUUGACUUUUCCAGUGGCCAAAUGACCCAGGUCAAAGCCAAACAUCUAAAAGACAGUAUGUGCAACGAGUUCUCCCAGAUAUUUCAGCUUUGCCAAUUUGUAAUGGAAAAUUCCCAGAACGCGCCAUUGGUCCACGCUACUUUGGAGACCCUCUUACGUUUCCUCAACUGGAUUCCGCUGGGUUAUAUCUUUGAAACUAAGCUAAUAAGCACGUUAGUGUAUAAGUUCCUGAACGUCCCAAUGUUCCGCAAUGUGACGUUGAAGUGUUUGACAGAAAUUGCCGGAGUAAGCGUCAGCCAGUACGAGGAGCAGUUUGUCACACUCUUCACUCUGACAAUGUGUCAGCUCAAGCAGAUGCUUCCCCUCAACACUAACAUCCGGCUGGCUUAUGCCAAUGGGAAGGACGAUGAGCAGAACUUUAUCCAGAACCUCAGUCUGUUCCUCUGUACUUUCCUGAAAGAGCACGGAACGCUCAUUGAACAGCGGCUUAACUUGAGAGAAACGUUAAUGGAGGCACUCCACUAUAUGCUACUGGUGUCAGAAGUAGAGGAGACAGAGAUCUUUAAAAUUUGUCUGGAAUACUGGAACCACUUGGCGGCCGAGCUCUACAGAGAGAGUCCUUUCUCCACAUCCACAUCACCGUUGUUAUCUGGCAACCAGCACUUUGACGUGCCGCCACGUAGGCAACUCUACCUGCCUGUGCUGUCCAAGGUGCGCCUGCUUAUGGUGAGCCGGAUGGCCAAACCAGAGGAAGUACUCGUGGUAGAGAAUGAUCAGGGAGAGGUGGUCAGAGAGUUCAUGAAGGAUACAGAUUCCAUAAACCUCUACAAGAACAUGAGGGAAACACUUGUGUACCUGACUCACUUGGACUACGCAGACACAGAGCGCAUCAUGACUGAAAAGCUUCACAACCAGGUGAAUGGUACUGAAUGGUCAUGGAAGAAUCUCAACACAUUGUGUUGGGCCAUUGGAUCCAUCAGUGGUGCGAUGCACGAAGAGGAUGAAAAGAGAUUCUUGGUCACCGUCAUUAAGGAUCUGCUCGGUCUGUGUGAACAAAAGAGAGGAAAGGACAACAAGGCCAUUAUUGCCUCCAACAUUAUGUACAUCGUCGGCCAGUAUCCUCGCUUUCUAAGAGCUCACUGGAAGUUCCUCAAAACUGUGGUCAACAAGCUCUUUGAGUUCAUGCACGAGACCCACGACGGGGUUCAGGACAUGGCCUGCGACACGUUCAUCAAGAUCGCUCAAAAGUGCCGGCGCCACUUUAUCCAAGUACAAGUGGGAGAGGUGAUGCCCUUCAUUGACGAGAUCCUCAACAACAUCAACACCAUCAUCUGCGACCUACAGCCACAACAGGUGCACACGUUCUACGAAGCUGUAGGUUACAUGAUCGGCGCUCAGACAGACCAAGCUGUACAGGAGCAUCUUAUCGAGAAAUACAUGUUACUACCUAACCAAGUGUGGGACAGUAUUAUCCAGCAGGCUACAAAGAACGUGGACAUCUUGAAGGACCCAGAGACGGUGAAACAACUGGGCAGCAUUCUGAAGACCAACGUCAGAGCCUGUAAGGCUGUCGGACACCCUUUUGUCAUCCAACUGGGACGGAUUUACCUCGACAUGCUCAAUGUGUACAAGUGCCUCAGCGAGAACAUAUCUGCUGCCAUUCAGACAAAUGGAGAGAUGGUGACCAAGCAGCCUCUGAUCAGGAGCAUGAGGACAGUGAAACGGGAGACCUUGAAACUGAUCUCUGGUUGGGUCAGCCGAUCAAACGAUCCGCAGAUGGUCGGAGAGAACUUUGUCCCCCCGUUGCUAGACGCCGUCCUCAUCGACUAUCAACGCAACGUGCCGGCGGCCCGCGAGCCUGAGGUUCUCAGCACCAUGGCCACCAUUGUCAACAAGCUGGGCGGACACAUAACCUCUGAAAUACCCCAAAUUUUCGACGCCGUCUUCGAGUGCACUCUAAAUAUGAUCAACAAGAACUUUGAAGAGUACCCAGAGCACCGAACCCACUUCUUCUACCUGCUCCAAGCCGUUAAUUCGCACUGCUUCCCUGCUUUCCUCGCCAUCCCUCCGGCCCAGUUCAAAUUGGUGCUGGACUCCAUCAUCUGGGCCUUCAAACACACAAUGAGGAACGUAGCUGACACCGGUCUUCAGAUUCUCUACACCAUGCUUCAAAACGUGGCACAGGAGGAGGCCGCCGCUCAGAGUUUCUACCAGACGUAUUUCUGUGACAUCCUCCAACACAUCUUCUCAGUGGUCACCGACACAUCUCACACUGCCGGUUUGACAAUGCACGCGUCCAUCCUGGCCUAUAUGUUCAAUCUGGUGGAGGAGGGCAAGAUCACCACUGCACUGAACCCCGCCUCUCCCGCCAACAACCAAGUUUUUAUUCAGGAGUACGUGGCCAACCUGCUCAAGACGGCCUUCCCUCACCUGCAGGAUGCUCAGGUGAAGGUGUUUGUAACUGGACUGUUCAGCCUCAACCAGGACAUUCCCGCCUUCAAGGAGCACCUUAGGGACUUCCUCGUGCAGAUUAAGGAAUUCGCCGGCGAAGACACGACGGACCUAUUCCUGGAGGAGAGGGAAGCGUCGCUUCGUCAGGCUCAGGAGGAAAAACACAAAAUCCAAAUGUCUGUUCCGGGCAUCCUCAAUCCGCACGAGAUCCCCGAAGAGAUGUGCGACUGA